AAAAUUAUAGAAAUUGGUUGAUAUAUACUAGCACAGCAGCAUAUAGUAGUGUGGAAAGAAGGACGACGGAAAGGAGGGGAGGAGAGAGAGAGAAAAGUAUGACAAGGAUGCGAAAGAAAUCAGACAACAAACUUCUUAGCCUCCUCCAUAUCCUCCUCUCCACUUCUUCCUCUUCCAUGGCAUGCGUUCUAUGCUAGCCAGGCGAGCAAGAACCACAGCAAGAGCAAGCAACAGCUAGUGGCAGCACUCGAGAAAGAGGGGGAGGAGCUUCUUGUCGAUUCCUUUUUGUUGUUCUUUCAGAUCAAUUUGCAGCCACACACACCCACAUAUGAGAUAGCAUGAUUUGUAGUGUCAAUCUUGAUUCUCGCGUGUGUCACUACUUGAGCCAUGUCUCAGCUGGGAGCUACUGUUUGUUUUGCGUGAAGGGAGGAUAGGGAAGAUCGACGACAGCCUCUGCUAGUCCAAUCCAGAAAUAAGGCUACCAAAAGGGAAAAGAUUCCCUUGUUCUUGAGCAGCUUUGUCAAGGACAAAUCUGGAGGGGGCGAUGGCAUCCAAUUCAUCAGCGGCGGCUGUGGCAGCGCUGUUCGGAAUUAGGGAUGGCGGCGACCACCAAGACCAGAUUAAGCCGCUGCUUACGCAGCAGCAGCUGCCUCCUGCGCCACUGCUCAGCGCGGCCGCUUCGUCGUCGGCGGGGUCCGGCCAGGCGCCAGCGGCGUCACCGCCAGUGAAGAAGAAGAGGAACCUACCAGAUCCUGACGCGGAGGUGAUCGCGCUGUCGCCCAAGACGCUGAUGGCGACGAACCGGUUCGUGUGCGAGGUGUGCAACAAGGGGUUCCAGCGGGAGCAGAACCUGCAGCUGCACCGGCGCGGGCACAACCUGCCGUGGAAGCUGAAGCAGAAGGACCCGCUGCAGGCGCAGCGCCGCCGCGUGUACCUGUGCCCGGAGCCGACGUGCGCGCACCACGACCCGUCCCGCGCCCUCGGCGACCUGACGGGCAUCAAGAAGCACUUCUGCCGCAAGCACGGCGAGAAGAAGUGGAAGUGCGACAAGUGCUCCAAGCGCUACGCCGUGCAGUCCGACUGGAAGGCUCACUCCAAGGUCUGCGGCACCCGCGAGUACCGCUGCGACUGCGGCACCCUCUUCUCCCGGAGGGACAGCUUCAUCACCCACAGGGCUUUCUGCGACGCCCUCGCCCAGGAGAGCGCCCGGCUCCCGCCGCCGGGCCUCACCGCCAGCCACCUCUACGGCGCCACCAGCGCCGCCAACAUGGCGCUCAGCCUCUCGCAGGUCGGUUCCCACCUCGCAUCCACCCUUGGCGGGGACGCGCACGGCCACCACCAGGACCUCCUCCGCCUCGGCGGCGGCGGCGGCGCCGCGGGCCGCUUUGACCAUCUGCUGGGCCCGUCCGGCGCCUCCGCGUUCCGACCCCUGCCGCCCCCGCCAUCGUCGGCGUUCCUCAUGGGGGCGCCGCAGGAGUUCGGAGACGGCGGCGAUGGCACUGGGCCCCACGUGUUCUUGCAGGGCAAGCCGUUCCAUGGCCUCAUGCAUCUGCCGGAUCUCCAAGGCAACGGCGCCGGCGGUGGUCCGUCGGCGUCGUCAGCUCCGGGUCUCUUCAACUUGGGCUACAUCGCAAACAGCGCGAAUAGCUCAGGUACUUCCAGCCACGGCCAUACAAGCCAGGGACACCUGACCAGUGACCAGUUCAGUGAAGGGGGAGGUGGUGGUGGCGGCGGCGGCUCUGAGUCAUCGGCUGCGAUGCUUUUCAGCGGCGGAGGGAGCUUCGCCGGCGGUGACCACCAAGUUGCUCCUGGCGGCGGGGUGUACAAUGACCAGGCCGUGAUGCUGCCGCAGAUGUCCGCGACGGCGCUGCUGCAGAAGGCGUCGCAGAUGGGCUCCAGCUCGAGCGCGCCCGGCGGCGCGUCCGUGUUUGGGGGCCUCGGGGGCUCGUCUGCACCGCCAUCCGCCGCGCACGGCCGGGCCCCCAUGCUCGACCAGAGCCAGAUGCACCUGCAGAGCCUGAUGAACUCGCUGGCUGCCGGCGGCAUGUUCGGCGGCGGCGCCAACAGCGGCGGCAUGAUCGACCCAAGGAUGUACGACAUGGAUCAAGAUGUGAAGUUUAGCCAGGGCCGUGGUGGCGCUGAGAUGACGCGCGACUUCCUUGGCGUCGGCGGCAGCGGCGGCGUCAUGAGGGGGAUGCCGGUGGUCAGAGGGGAGCACCGUGACGGUGCCAGUGACAUGAGCUCCUUGGAGGCCGAGAUGAAGUCCGCCUCGUCGUCCUUCACUGGAGGCAGGAUGCCAUAAGCUUAUGCUCGCAUAGUGAGCGAGUACUAAGCAACGACCUGGCAUGCAUGCAACAAGGGUGUUGUACUGAAUCCGUUACAGCAGGUUGUUAUAGUGUACACUGUACAAUGCAUGGGAGUGUAGUAUAAGGUCGACUGCAUUCCAUGCAAAAAGGGACGAAGAGACAGGGUUUGAACUUUGAAGACAUGCAUGCUGAGCAAGGGGCUUCUUUGCUACUAAUCCAAGAGGGUAGCUAGAUCAAGUAGAACCGUGAGAUGAUCUAAUUGGUGCAUGCUUGGUGGUGGUAAUUCAUGCCUCAAAUGUUUUGUUGUUUUCUCUAUGUGUAAUUGGUUUAAUUAUACUGGAGGAGAUAGUAUAUUUAGCAAUAAUGUUGUAGCUAGCUAGGUUAGUAUUGGCUUAUUGGGGAUGAUAAGAUUCAUGCCUCCCAACUGUUUUCUAUUUGUUGUUUUUUCUUCUGCAGCGCUGCUUACAGUACCCUUUAAUUUGGAGCAUAAGCAUUGUUCUUGCUUCUUACAAGACAGUUAAUAAUCACAUCUUAGCCAUGUGGACAUAUAGUACUCUUGACAUAUGUUUUUCAA